CGUGCCCUGUCCUUGACUUUCUUGGAACAUGCGCACAUGUGUAAUGAAUGCAUGUUACGCUCUGUACUGUUGAUGUGUUUAUUCACAUCAAUUUAGUGACGGUAUUUGAAAACUCUAGAUCUACUAACUGACGGAAGUACCAAAGCGGUCCUCAAAAGAAAAGUGACACCCGACGUGAGUGCUAUGCUACGUAGUCAGACGUAGAUCUUUCUAUCAAGCUGAUUCAGGGGGGAAUAAUCUCAGCUGAUCUGCGACAGUUCCAGAGGGGAAAAAAAUGAGCUACUUGCCAGUGUUGAUUGCCAUAGCUGUGGCUGUACUUGUCAAAGUUUUGUACUUGGACCAAGGGAGCUCAAUACGUUUGACGGAGAAAUUUAACCAGACAUACGAUUAUAUUGUCGUUGGAGCCGGCUCUGCUGGAUGUGUGGUGGCCAAUCGUCUGUCCGAGGAUCCUCAGGUCACGGUGCUCUUGCUUGAGGCAGGGGAAGAUGACUGGGAGAAGGAAAGUAUUAAGAUUCCAGGCCUGGCGGCAACAACGUGGAGAACAAACAUGGACUGGGGCUACUACACUGAGCCACAGCCUGGUCUUAUGAAGGGAUUUAAAUUUAAGUCCUCCUACUGGCCCAGAGGCAAAGUCCUGGGUGGAACCAGCAGCAUUAAUGGAAUGCAAUACGUAAGGGCCUCCAGACACGACUAUGACAGGUGGGCGAAGUAUACCAACUCUGAAGGCUGGGACUACCAUCACGUGCUGCCCUACUUUAAGAAGUUGGAGGACACACAAAUUGAAGGCAUCCAGAAUUCAGUUUUCCGAGGUCAAGGAGGCCCAGUUCCUGUCAACAAAAUCAAAUCCCAGCCAGUGGUGCAGAAAAUCAUUGAAGCAGCUCAGAAAACUGGCUACCCGCUAAAUGAAGAUUACAAUGGCAAAACAUUAGAAGGUGUUGCUCACUCUCAAGUGAACGCUAAGGACGAUGAACGAUGGAGUUCUAGCAGAUCCUACAUUCACCCGAUACUCAACAGACCAAACUUACAUGUUGCUGUCAACUCAUUAGUUCAGAAGAUUGUUCUAAAAGACAAGAAAGCCGUUGGGGUUGAAGUGAUCAAAGACAACAGAAAGUUUACAAUUGGUGUCAGAAGAGAAGUCAUAUUGUCUGCUGGAGCUAUCGGAUCUCCCCAGAUUUUGAUGUUGUCUGGAGUUGGGCCAAAGAAACAUUUGGAGGAGUUAAAGAUCCCUGUAGUGGCUGAUCUACCUGUUGGUGAGAACCUUCAGGACCAUGUCUCCUUUGAUAUAAGUAUCACGAUUCGAGAACCAUUGACGAUUCCGUACAAUAUUUUGGAGAAAUGGCAAUGGACGUAUCUCCAGUAUAAGAUUUUUGGAACAGGUUUUCUCACAUCUGCCUACCAAUUAGAAGUAUUGGCUUUUAAAAGUACCACACCAGAAACAAAGAAGAAAGAUUGGCCUGAUUUGGAACUUCACUUUUUGACAUUUCUACCUCGACCAGAUCUUGACGGCUAUGGAUACUCAGAUGAGGUCAAGGCCGACAUAGCGGGCAGAAGCUCUUCAGUUUAUGGAAUACGUUGCUUGCCAACUUUACUGCGACCUGAAAGUCGAGGCAGGCUGACCUUGAAAUCGAGCGAUCCAUUCGAUUAUCCCGCCAUUUUCGCCAACUAUUUAUUUGAGCCUGAGGAUGUGGCUCUUCUAAUUAGAGGUAUUGAAGAAUGUAAGAAGAUUGUCUCAAGUGAACCUUUGAAAGACAUCGGCGCUGAACUCACGGAGAAAACUCCCGCCAAAUCUUGCGCUCAUCUCAAGUACGAGUCUGACCAGUACUGGGAAUGUCUUCUAAAACUGAGACCUUUGACUACCUAUCACCCUGUAGGCACCUGCAAGAUGGGUCCCAAAGAUGACCCGACUGCAGUGGUUGACCCUGAGCUGAGAGUCAAAGGCGUGUCUGGACUACGAGUGGUAGAUGCCUCCAUAAUGCCAUGGAUUGUCUCCGGUAACACCAAUGUACCUGUUAUCAUGAUUGCUGAAAAAGCCUCGGAUCUUAUCCUGGGUCGAAAACCUUUAGAUCCUAUCACUAGCAUUUAUACGCACAUACGUACAUAUUGGCACACACACACACACACUAGUAGUAUUUAUAUGUGUUGUUGCCCUUUAAUAACACCAAGCAGUUUCAAGAAAAAAAAAAUGGCCUACUUACCAGUGUUUCUUGUCUUAGUGGUGGCUGUACUCGUUAAAGUGUUUUUCUUGGACCAGAGAAACUCAUUGCAGCUUACAGAGAGAUUUAACCAGACAUAUGAUUAUAUUGUUGUUGGAGCAGGCUCUGCUGGAUGUGUGGUGGCCAAUCGUCUGUCCGAGGAUCCUCAGGUCACGGUGCUCUUGCUUGAGGCAGGGGAAGAUGACUGGGAGAAAGAAAGUAUUAAGAUUCCAGGCCUGGCGGCAACAACGUGGAGAACAAACCUGGACUGGGGCUACUACACUGAGCAACAGCCUGGUCUUAUGAAGGGAUUUAAACAAGGGUCGUCCUACUGGCCCAGGGGCAGAGCUCUCGGCGGAACCAGCAGCAUCAAUGGAAUGCAAUACGUAAGGGCCUCCAGACACGACUAUGACAGGUGGGCGAAGUAUACGAACUCUGAAGGCUGGGACUACCAUCACGUGCUGCCCUACUUCAAGAAGUUGGAAGACACACAAAUUGAAGGCAUCCAGAAUUCAGUUUAUCGAGGCAAGGGCGGGCCAAUACCUGUCAAUAGAAUCAAAUCUCAACCAUUGGCGCAGACAAUUGUAGAAGCAGCCCAGAAAGUUGGAUAUCCAUUGAAUGAAGACCACAAUGGUCAAACAAUGGAAGGUGUUGCCCACUCUCAAGUGAACGCCAAAGACGAUGAACGAUGGAGUUCUAGCAGAUCAUACAUUCACCCGAUACUCAACAGACCAAACUUACAUGUUGCUGUCAACUCAUUGGUUCAGAAGAUUGUUCUAAAAGACAAGAAAGCCGUUGGGGUUGAAGUGAUCAAAGACAACAGAAAGUUUACAAUUGGUGUCAGAAGAGAAGUCAUAUUGUCUGCUGGAGCUAUCGGAUCUCCCCAGAUUUUGAUGUUGUCUGGAGUUGGGCCAAAGAAACAUUUGGAAGAGCUGAAGAUUCCUGUGGUAUCUGACUUACCUGUUGGUGACAAUCUUCAAGACCAUCUCUUCUUUGAUCUUGGUGUCACCAUUAGAGAGCCCAUCUCCUCUCCAUUUAACAGUUUGAAGAGUUGGUCAACGUAUCUGAAAUAUAAAAUCCUUGGAACAGGUUUUCUCACGUCUGCAUAUCAAGUGGAAGUAUUGGCUUUUAAAAGUACAACUCCGGAGACGCAGAAGAUAGACUGGCCAGAUUUAGAAAUUCAUUUUUUCACUUUUUUACCCCAUCCAGAGGACGAUGGCUUUGGUUACACUGACGAGGUAAAGGUCGACAUGGGGCAAAGAAAUUCUUCUGUAUACGGGUUCCGUUGUCUGCCCUCAUUACUGCGACCUGAGAGUCGGGGCAGGCUGACCUUGAAGUCCAGCGAUCCUUUCGACCCUCCUGCCAUUGUAGCCAAUUAUCUCGAGAAGCCAGAAGAUGUCCAAUUGUUAAUACGAGGUAUUGAAGAAUGUAAGAAGAUUGUCUCAAGUGAACCUUUGAAAGACAUCGGUGCUGAACUCACGGAGAAAACUCCCGCCAAAUCUUGCGCUCAUCUCAAGUACGAGUCUGACCAGUACUGGGAAUGUCUUCUGAAACUGAGACCUUUGACGAUCUAUCAUCCAGUGGGCACGUGCAAGAUGGGUCCCAAAGAUGACCCCACAUCUGUGGUUGAUCCGGAGCUAAGAGUCAAAGGCGUGUCUGGACUACGAGUGGUAGAUGCCUCCAUAAUGCCAUGGAUUGUCUCCGGUAACACCAAUGUACCUGCAAUCAUGAUUGCCGAGAAAGCCUCGGAUCUUAUCCUGGGUCGAAAACCUUUAGAUCCUAUCACGAACAUCUAAUUGUGGUAACAUUACACGACACGGAUCUGUGACCUUGUGGCAGCGGAGACAGAGGCGGCACCAUUGAACCGUGAACAGAGAACUGAUGACCAAGACUGACAUUUAUGCUUGUUUUGUUUUAGCAUUCAAAGUCUACAUUAUAAAUAAACAUCCUUCAUCUAGACAUGCUC